AUGCCUCCGAACCCUUCAAAAAUUCCUCCUUCUGAAAUACUUUCCUUAUGUAAGAAAUUCUUUUUUAUAGGAUUAUUGUUUCUACCUUGGUUAUGGGUCGUUAACAUAAUCUAUAUGUGGCCAUUAACUAAACAUUCAGAUAUUGGUAAAGAGAUAAAAAAAUAUCUAUAUUUCUCAAUGGCAGGUGCUUUAUUUUGGCUUAUUGUACUUUCAACUUGGUACAGCAUUUUUGUAAAUCAAAGAAUUACUUGGGGAGAAUUCGCUGAUAAAAUAAUAGUAUUGCCCAUAAGAGGUGCAUAA